GUCUCAGGAACUUGGGCCAUUGUUCUGAAAAUAUCUACCGGAAGCUUCUCUUAGACGGUUUCAAGAUGGCGGCGCCCAUGAGGAGGACGCUGCUGGUCCUUCACAGAGCGUCUGCUCUCGUUUUAAAGAAUUCCGAGCUGCCCGUGGAUGUGCGGCGUCCCGGCCCGCUCCUCCUGCCCGUCCGCACCAAGAAGCGCUACUUCAUCCCCCCGGCGGUGGGCCUCAAGGGCAAGCAGGGCGAGAACAGCGAGGCCAGGGCCCGGGCGGCGGGCAUGGUCCUCAGGCAGGAGUACCUGGAGAGGCCCAUCAACGUCUCCUGCACCGCCGCCGUCUUCGACCCCUACAUCCCCCCCGAGGGCGACGCCCGGCUGUCGGCUCUGUCCAGAGAAGGCCUGAAGCAGCGGAGCGAGCAGCUGCGUCAGACCGCCGCCUCCCAGCUGGCGAUCCGGAAGAUCAAAGAGCACGACCCCGACUUCAAGACCAAGGACUUCGCAGAGCGAGCGCAAGAAAUCUUUGUGGAAGCCCACCAGGCACUGACACAGUUCAACAAGGAGAAGCUCCACUCGCUGGUGACGGAGCGCUGCUACCCGGAGAUGACCCGGGGGAACCGCUACCGGACCAUCCGCUGGGCGCUGGUGGAGUCGCUGGAGCCGCCCCGGGUGGUGCACGCCCGCUGCCCCGACAUGGUCACCAAGGGCAACCUGUAUGGUCAGGUGACCGUCCGCAUGCACUCCAGACAGACUCUGGCGAUCUACGACCGCUUCGGCCGGCUGAUGCUGGGUGGCGAGGAGCAGCCCAAGGACGUCCUGGAGUACCUGGUGAUCGAGCGCCACCUGCUGAACCCAUACGGCCGCUGGAGGCUCCAUGGGAAGAUCGUCCCGUCCUGGGCUCCGGCUAAAGACGCCAUCAUCAAGACGGUGGCCAUCCCCGGUCCGGAGCUGCAGCCCUGGGAGGAGUUCGAUUCCCUCAACUACCACGUCCCCAAACCGCAGGCGGUGCAGUGGUACAAAUAGACCAGCGGGCGGCGCCGCGGCGCUGCUCAGUGUUUGUGAAGGACUCGUUUAGUUUUGUUAAGACUGUGGAGGCAGCAGGUGAGUCAGAAACAGACGCCAGACGUGCAAAACCCAAUAAAAAAAUGAAAGGUCCAGACGCACAGACAUCCAGCUGUUUAUUCCUGUGACGGACGGACGGACGGACUGCACGUCCGCCCAGGAAGUACAAAAAUAAAUCAGCUCCUCCUCAAAUCCAGCUGCGCCUCACGGCAGCGCCGGAUUCGGCGGUUUUCUUCUUCGUUUUAUGGACAUAAUCACAGUUUACAGCUUUCAGAAGACACAGACAUGCGAGAACGCUCACAGACAGACAGACAGUCACUCCAUCGACACACA